AUGAAUGAAAAGGCCAUGUUUGAUCAUUUUGCUUCAAGAUUCAUGGCGGUAUACCGCAAGAAAAUCAUUGAUAAGUACCGAACCGUGUCUGACCUUCAAAGACUACAAACGCUGUUACAAACCAAUGAUUUUGCUCGGUCCAUAUAUGGAAUGAGCCAAAAUCUUUGCACUAAGUAUGAUUCAGACGCUUGGCAAGCUAGCGUGCUGGAUACCAUUGAUUUGGAUACCAUCUACACAAAUGUAGAGGCCGUAGAAGGUACUCCGGAAGACUAUGUGGAUCGGCUAGUUAAAGAACUGCUGCGAUACUUCAAAAAGGACUUCUUUAGGUGGUGCAAUAAGCCUGAUUGCAGACAUUGUAGCUCUCCCGGUGAGCAGAUGACGCCUGUGGGGCACCAGCCCCCAAAUGACGAAGAGCGGCCAUAUGACUGCGGGGUGGUAGAAGUGUAUCAAUGCUCAAAUUGCAAGCAUCUCACAAGAUUUCCGCGUUUCAAUCAUCCCGUCAAGCUACUGGAGACUCGCAGCGGCCGAUGUGGGGAGUGGUGCAACUUGUUCAUGUUGCUUCUGAAAUCAUUUGGCAUCGAAGCGAGAUAUAUAUGGAAUCGCGAAGACCACGUAUGGUGUGAAUUUUACUCUACUAAUCUCAAGCGCUGGGUGCAUGUUGACUCUUGCGAGCAGAGUUUUGAUGAACCACAUAUUUACUCAGUCAAUUGGAAUAAGAAAAUGAGCUAUGCCAUCGCCUUCAACAACACCGGUGUUGUCGAUGUCAGUAAACGAUACAUUAUCCAGAAUCAGCUUACCCGGGAUCAGAUAUCAGAGCAAGAUCUUGUGUAUCUGCUCGAAACUGUAACUAAACGACUACGGGCAGGCUUGGGCGACCACGACCUUUAUAAACUUGCUUGUCGAGACGAGCAAGAAAAACUAGGCUGGGCUACUGUAAGCGAUGACUCAACACCCACGAAAACGGGCAGUAGUUUGAAAGGCAGGGAGAGUGGCUCAGCGGACUGGAAGAAUCAGCGCGGAGAAGACGGUACUUAA